CUUGUGGGAUUGCAAGUAUUACGAUCGUAAUUUGUGUGUGAACAGGAGGCUUAUUAUUUUAUUGUUAGCAAUAGAAUAAUAGCUCUCAGUUAUUUAACCCAGAAAAAAUUAUGAGAAGUGAAAACUGAAUAGCAGGAUUGCAUAGAUGUCAUGAGAUUUGGGCAGAAAACAGUAGGAGACACUUGACUCUUCAUUAAUAAAAGUGUUUAAAAAAAUAAUAUUCAAAAAUGGCUGACAUCAGAAUUCCUGAUUAUUACAAAGGAAAGACAAUUUUAGUUACUGGCGUGACCGGUUUUAUAGGUAAAAUCCUUGUUGAAAAACUCCUUAGGUCUUGCCCUGAAGUUGAAAAGAUUUAUGUUUUAAUAAGAAAAAAAAAGUCAAUCCCUAUUGAAAAAAGAUGGAAUGAAAUUACCGAUUUGCCAUUGUUCAACAGGUUGAAAAUAAUUGAUAGCAGUCUUUUGAAAAAGGUAGAGCCUAUUGAAGGAACCAUUGAUGUAAAAGAUUUGGCAUUGAGUGAAACAGUCAAAAAUGAAGUAAUAAAUACAGUUGACAUAAUAUUUCAUAGUGCAGCUGCAGUGCAAUUCUCAGAAGAUCUUAUAUUUUCUUUGAGGAACAAUACUUUAGGAACUUAUAACGUGGCAGAGUUUGCAAGAUCUCUGAUGAAAUUAAAGUGCUUCGUUUAUGUGUCGACCGCAUACAGCAACUGUGAUAAACAAAAUGUAGCUGAAGAGAAAAUUUAUAAAAGCGCUUAUGACUGGAAAACCCUGAUAGAAAUUUUAAAUGUCGACCCUUAUCCACUUUCCAUUUUAAGAGACAAGAUAAAAGGUAGCCAUCCUUCAACAUACACUUUCACCAAAGCUUUAGCAGAAGAUGUAAUGGAUCAUUUUAGCCAAUAUUAUCCAGUAAUGUUAACCCGACCAUCUGUUGUUCUAUCAACGGUCGAUGAUCCGAUACCAGGUUGGGUGGAUUCUUUGAAUGGUGUCUCAGCUAUGUUUUUGUCAGUCGCAUUGGGAGUCGUACGGGUUAUAAAUGGUGUGCCAACUUCUUGCCUUGACUAUAUCAGUGCUGAUCAUGCUGUCAAAGCAUUAAUAAUCGCCGGAUGGAAAUUAGGAAAACAAGAAAAGCGUAAUGGAAUCGAGGUUAUGAGUGUCAAUUAUGGAAAAGACAUCAAAAUGCCAACAAGUUGGUUUUUUGAACAGCAGAAACAGCUUACAGAAAAUUUCCCUUCAGUAAAAUCCGCAUGGUACCCAUUCGUGAUAAUGGUGAGCAAUCCACUGCUAUUCUGGAUUCUUUUCUUACUCCUCCAAGUCAUACCAGCGUACAUGGUCGACUUUUGCCUUAUGUUACUUGGAAGGCCGCCUAUAUUAGUGAAUUUAACUAUAAGAUAUGUGCAAGCUGCAAGAGGUCCUCUAAAAUCAUUUUUUCACAAGCAGUACGCAUUUCCGAAUAACAAUUUCAACAUAUUGAAUGACUUGUUGUACGAACCAGACAAAAAGGAAUUUCUGAUUAAUAGCAAUAAAUACUCAAUAAAAGAUUAUGUCUACAUCAACGGUAAUGGGAUUUUUAAAUAUUAUUUAAAAGAACCUGAAAUGUCUGUAAGAAAAGCCCAUUUUGAAAGACUUCGCAAGAUCCACUACACAACCAUUACUAUUUUCUCUUUGAUUGGCUUACUAGUAUUAUACAGAACGAUUAAUUAUCUAAUUCAAAAUUGUACAAUACCACUCUCAGAUUUGUUCUGAACUUUUAAAAUUUGUAUAAAAACACUAAAAAAUAAACAAUAAAUUAUGCUUUAUUUUAACUAAAAUACACUGUUUUAGUGUUGUAACAGUGUAACUGAAAUACACUGUUCAAUGAUUUGUAAAUGUGUUGUCAAUAUUGAGCUUUUACACAGGUUUUUAAUAUCAAGCAAAACAUGAAAUUUAAAACAAUUUGAGAGUUCUUAAUGAAUUAAAAUUAAUAUGAUAUAUAUCAUAUACAAAAAU